AAUUUUGACAGGUGACGUUCCUCGUCAUGAACACGUUCAAUUAAUAUGUCGGCAUGUCAUGCAACUUCGCCCACGGUUCUGUUUCCUUAUCAAUAUUUCCUUCCCUGAUAGUUACUUGUUCUCAUGUCUCGACGUGGUCUUACCUGACUUUGCCACUAUGGAAUGGUUAGAACGCUGCCUUUCCCCAUACUCAUGAGGCAUUUUCCUGUUCAGAUUUCCCGGUCCACUCAAAUGUCCCACAGCUUUACUUUUUGAAUUUAUUGCAAAUCAUCAUGUAGUCCGGAAUGCAGCCAUGGUGAAAUAAUGUGCUAUCAACCUCCCUUUCACGACAGCCCCGUUGCGCAUCCAAUCGUGUCCUCCGAUGAACGCCAAUCCCAGAAGCGCACUUCCUCAUGCACCUUGCCCUUAGAUCAACCACCACUAUGUGUUUCGGAUUAUGACCUCGAGUUCCAACUUUUUUGGAAUGCUCACACAUAGUGGCACACCAACUUCGCUAUUGAACAUAUCGGUGGCGGAUUCCUCUCUGUUGCCCUCCACUUCUGAUCUUGGCAUCCAAACUGCCUGCACUUCGAUCAAUCAGCGUAGCUUGCUUUUCGCCCCAUCACCUAGCGCGGUUUCGGAUCGCGCCCCACUCGUCGAGGGUGUCACUGAUCUAACCGAUGGUUACGGGGAGGACGACAUCGACAAAGUCGCCGGUUCCAGCUUUGAACUCAUCAGCCGCUUGGUUGACGCCGAGGGUUUGGCUGGAGUCGAAGUAGUCUCCACUGAUACUGCCACCCUGGCUAUAUUGUCUGCAGAACUAAACGAAGAAAAAGGACCGGAAACGGGCGUUUGGUCAAACCAACAAACCCCAUCCAAGCCUGGUUCAGUAUCAGAACCAUCGAUAACAACCACUACAGUUGCCAGCCCACUGAUAAGUGCAGGUACAUACACCGUUAUAGGUUGCGGCUCAUCCUCGCUAGAGUCCGUUGCACUAACUGACUCACCCACCUCCGUCCCUCACAAUAUUCCCAUUCUCGGCGAUCUUCCAGGCAGUCAGCUUACCACGUCCUUCGAAAGUAGCAAUUUCUUAGGUCGCUUACCUCCCCUACGUGUUGUGAAAAGUGAGACUGAGCUGGUCGCACCGAACGCUUCUUAUUCUGGACAAGCCGAUUCCUCCAUCUUUGCAUCGUCCCACUUGUCAUGUCCAUCCACCGAUAUGCCCACAGGUCCCACCUGGCUCGUGCAAUCGCAGGGAGCUUUCGAUGCCGAUCACUGUGCCCCGGACCGUGUCAUCACGGGCACAUGUUAUCCAAUCUGCUGUCGCACUCCUCCGACAAUGCUACUUGAUCCACUGUGCUAUGGCAACGCGCCUUCUAUUUCCUCCACCGCUGUCGUUCCAAUGAAGUCCGAAAAACAUCUAUCCGACGCUUUUGAGUCUCGUGUCUACGCAGAACUCGGUAGCGUAUCGUCCAUCACUCCAGCCCGUGUGCAUUCCCCGACGAUCCGAUCGCCGCCCUAUAACUUAAAGGGCGAGAUUCAGUCGGAACCACGUACACCUGUGUUUUGCGCCGCAAACCCCACUCCAUUCUCCGAUAGUGAACAAUCGGUCACCGCCGUCGUUCACCUGAAUCUUCCUUCGGCUGCUACCCCAGUCACUGUUGGCUUUAUCGCCUCUCAAUCGCCUCUGGAUGCGAAUCACCUGCCCCCUGUGUUGUCGCCCCUGACACGUUUAUUCCCGGCUGACCACACUGCUUCCCCACAUGCGCUGUCUAGUCCAAUCGGUUCAGUUCCAUCCCAGCCUCACCGGCAUGAUGAUCGAAGCCCAGUCUUAAGCCACAAGAGUCAUCCUGCGUUGGCUAAUUCUUCCAAGCCCGUGAUUCUGCAGACUGUUCAGUUCGCAUCUCACCCCCUCCCUCCUCGAACAACGAAUGGAAGCGACCUGUCUAGCUCUCCGGCUCCACUUUUGCCCCACCAGCCGCCCACUGCUUGGACACCCGCAUCGGGAGUUGUCCUAUUCGAUCAACAUACGGACAAUACGGCACUGAGUUGGCCGAACUCAACCUCUACUGUGAGACAAAAAUCCUCCACAUAUCUUUACGAAGCCGUCCCUUCCAAGACCUUUAGCCUUUCGGCGGUUCCCACCACGGUAUCUAGACACAACUACUCUCCGAGGCCUUUGUUCUCUGCGGGGAGCGUUUCCCCGCCGAUGAACAUUACCAUACAACAUCAUCAGAAUCAUGCACUGGAUCAACUCAAGGCAGCUGCCAAUCAACGUCGUCCUGGACCACAAUGUUUUCUCCCCACAUGCCAACAGUCUCUUAUUGUUGCUAGUGACGGAAGAUACGUUUCAUUGGACCCCUGUACCCGGCUCGUCCCACGGGUAUCCUCUUCGGUGACCAGAAGGCACUCUACCCCCGUCCGGCCCGUCGUGCUAAAUGUGUCGUCUCAUCCUGAUAUGGCGAUAGACAAUCCUGUGCCCUCUUCCACCCGAUGUCGCCCAGUCUACGCCUAUACCUCCAAACAACCCAGUAUUACGUAUGCCUCCAUUCAGACUGCUACCGGCAUCGCAUGCUCCUUUUCAGCGAGCGUGUUAGACGUUUCUGGUGGCUUCCAGCAACGAAUACAAGUCAUGCCUCCACGUUCGCUACAUCCUGCUCAAGUCACAAUCCCUCAUGUCGCUGCAGCUGCUUCCCGGUUGCCCAUGAACAGUUCGCCCAUCUCCACUGGGCCUCUCACGGGUAAAUCCCGAGUUGUAUCUGUCCUCUCGGCACAGGCCCCUCAAGCGGAUAACUUGCGGGCCAACACAAGACAACCAUCCGGAACAGGCGGCGAGAGCACUUGUGCUCCUCUUGGUUUGACUGGCUUGGGCACCAUCUUUUACACUUGUGCUGUGUGCAACGACCAGGCCUUCGGUAAACAUUACGGUGUAUUUUCUUGCGAGGGAUGCAAAGGGUUUUUCAAACGCACAGUGCGCAGGGAGCUGGUGUACCAAUGCAGAGAGAAUCAACACUGCCUGAUUGAUAAACGCAUGCGGAACCGUUGUCAAUACUGUCGCUACCAGAAGUGUUUGCAGGUCGGAAUGCGCCGCGAAGCUGUUCAAGAGGAACGACAGCAUUCAGGCCAUUCGACCUACCUCGGUUCCCCUGGGAAUUCCAGUUGUUCCCCGGACCGAUAUGGUGGAUCAUCCACCCUCUCUUUGGACGAACUGAAUUGUCAACCCGCGCUAUGCGACCCAUCAAACGAUCAUCCAGGCCACACGACUGUUGUGACGCCUGAGUCCAUUUGUGCACCUAUCCCAUCGACCGACGUUCCGCCAUUAUCCUCAUCAUCCCGGGGGGAUAACUUUCAACUCUUUCCGGAUUUGAGCUUCACUGUGACUCCCCCGCAAGCCUUGGAUCAAAUUGCAACCGCUGAGUGUCUUUUGGAACAGCGGCGAAAAUGCUGGCUCACUCAUCAGUCCAGUUACAAGGUAGUGGAGGAGGAAGGGCAGACGAAGACCUUUGGCAAAUCCGGAACGCUACAGUCUGUUCGUUUAGCAGCGGACAUCGUCGACUGUUCACCAGAAAAGCUGCCUCUACUGGAUCUCCUAACUUGGGCCGAUCAAUUGCCAUUUUUCAAUCAAUUCCCACCAGAGCUUCGAUUAACUCUACUAAAAUCCGCCUGCUUGGAGCUUGUACUCGCCCAGUGGGUGCAACGUUCCACUUCGGAGUUUACGAAGACCACUACCCCGCUUCCUCAGUCUAACAACUCAGAUGACGGAUAUGGGCCCAACAGCCCCGAAUAUCUUUUGUUUGAUCCGUGGUGUCAUCAAGACACUGCACCAUCGGACACAGAUUCUGCACAAAAUGAAAACACACUCACCGAUACGACUUUGUCCACUCACUCUCCGAGCUCCACAGAUCCAUCCUCUCGCUUGGUGAAACCCCUGCAGCGGCUCACGGAAUCCGCUGCAUCCAAACUUUCCCCUUUGCGUCUACAUCCCACCGAACUGGGCAGUUUGAAGUUGAUCAUGCUCCUUAAUCCAGAUGCCACUGGGCUCUCUUCACAGUUCCGAUCUCUGGUCGAAGCUGCUCGCGACCAAGUGUAUGCUGGUUUGGAAUACCAGUGCAAUCAACUGUGGCCCGGUGCUCCACAUGGCCGCAUGGGUCGUCUGAUUCUACGUAUUCCUGCAUUUCACCUGCUUGCUUUACGUGUCCGCACAAUGAUGGAACGCACCGGUGGCGUCGCACACCUCAUGAAUGCACUGGAGGCCGCCUUUCGAGCAUGCCCCGUUACGGCUGACACUGCCGAACCCUAUGAAGCUGUCCAACGGCCUCACGGAAGCAGUUUUCUUCCUCUACUCUCUACUGACACGUGAUCCCACUUCUCCAAGCCGAUGACCUCUCUGCUCCUCGUUGUGCACGGAUUUUCGCGUUCCAUCUAUUUACUGAUCUCAUUGUUUAACCGUUACACCUACCUCUCUCUGCUUGCGCUCUUUCAACCCCGCCCCUCCCCCAGUCUUUACCUAUCUAUACAACGCAUGUUGUCGUAUCCAUCACGCUGAUUUAUUCUCUCUUUGCUGUCACUUUCUGUUCCGUAUUCCCCCUCCUCCAAACCGGUUACCCGACAUGUCCGCCCUCACUCAGGCUCUUUGCCUAUGUGUUUCCCCCGUCCCCCAACUUCUCUUUCUCUCUCUCUGUUGUGUUCGCCCUGUUGUACAGCCCCAUUUGGGGAAUUCGAUGUGCUUAUCUUCCCAAAUGAUCCCUUUCCCCAUAUAUUUGUCCACACACACACAUCGAAUGCCACGACUCGCAUCUGAUCCACUGUGUGUGCAUCCCAACUAUCCAGAGAGAAUUUGUGAUUGUAGGGGGUGUUGUGCUCUGCGUUUACUUCUCACACACCGUUUAUAUUCGUUUACUUUUAUUUUAUGUCGACACUACUACUAUGUGACGUAUAGUUUAUGCUUCAUCAGUCCGGUUGGGUUUGAAUUCGUUUCAGACCAAUCCAGUGGUCUUUUAGUAAUCUUUCUCGCCAAACUUAUCAAGCGUAACACACACACUACCUCAACUCUGUUAACAGCUUCAUUUUCCUGCGAAUUUUUUCUCCCUUUGGUGCUCCGUUGUUUCUUGAUCGUUGACCUCUGCACUGAUUUCAUCCCCGGUUCCACUUCUUCACAUCUGUCGUCCCGAUAUCCUCAGGUGUUUCAUCGCUUCGCAUUCAGCCUCAGGGUAGAGAUCUGGCCCAAUCCGCACACCGGGUCGCUGUGUGAUGACCCUCUUUAAAUUGUCUUCUCCUUUUCCCCCACGUUUAUCCUCUUUUUUACACAACCUUUGUUUUCGUCUUCUCAGGGCUUUUUUACACAAUCUCUUCACCUGUUUGUAGUAUUGUCUCCAUUUUUAGCCGCAUUAGAGUUGUUAUACUGUGACUAUUGGUCGAUGUUGGGAGUGGAUCCUAGAACAGUGAAUUAAUUUCUUCAUCUUUGUAAACUUUUUCUGGACGGGUAUUGAUUUCUUAUUCUCUCUACUGUACCGGAGCCUUAUCCGAACACGACGUUCGUAUACUUUUGUGUU